AUGGAGCUCAGCCUCUCCAUCUUUCUCCUCUAUUUCUCCUUCUCCUCUUUCCUUUUCCGUUUGUCAGCACAAACAGAAAGCAGCGCUCCCCCGGGCACCAUCCAGCGUGCCACCAAGCAGCAGCUCCUCGUCGCCAUCCCUCCCGGCGAGGCCACCGCUUUACCACCAUUCCUGAUCUCCCCCGCAGGUAAGUAUGUGGCCUACUUCCUCCGCACCCCAACGGCGCCCGACGCCGGUGGUUUUGGCAACGACUUCUGCUUCAUCCAAGUCCAAGACACCGGUGCCGGAGAAAGCGUUUGGGAGUCGGAAUGCGCACCUGUGAGCACUUCCAACACGUGCUCCCUAGUCUUCUCAGACGACGGGCUCGAGAUUUUUGACGGGAGCAACUCGGCAUGGGACUCCGACGCACAAUCAAGCAGCGGGGAUCCACUGCAGAGUCUGGAGCUAGUGGACGUAGGGGACAUGAGAAUACGGGAUAAUGAAGGUGAGCUGGCGUGGAAGGCGAGCGACGACCCGCGAAGCAACCAAAGGUGCGGUGAACGGGGGUCACCAGGGCUGGGGCCGACGAUGCCUCCGUUUGCGGAGCCGAUGGGGGGGAGUAGUAAGAUGCCGUUUGGGCAGCAGGCGGCGGAUGGGCAGGGGCAGGGUGGUGGGGGGAGUGAUGGAUUUGGGGUUGGCGGGCAGAUGGGGGCGAGCAGCGCCGGCGGACGAUAUGAGGGUGGGAAUGUGGGAAUUUGGGUGCAUGGGGGAUGGUUGAUGCUCAUCUUUGUUAUGAUUUUUUGA